AUAUUUGACCUUAUUCAAAAUGUUCAAAGAAGAAUAAUGGAAGCCCCUGAAUACCUUGAUUUGGAUGAAAUUGACUUUAGUGAUGACAUAUCUUAUUCAGUUACAUCACUCAAGACCAUCCCAGAACUGUGCCGAAGAUGUGAUUCACAAAAUGAAGACAGACCAGUUUCUAGCUCUAGCUGGAAUUGUGGUGUCUCAACCCUUAUUACAAACACACAAAAGCCCACUGGAAUCGCUGAUGUAUACAGUAAGUUCCGCCCAGUGAAGCGGGUUUCCCCACUGAAACAUCAGCCAGAGACUCUGGAGAACAAUGAAAAUGAUGACCAAAAGAACCAGAAAGGAGAGUACCAGAAAGGGAGUGAGUCUGAGCCAGGCCCCCAGCCCGGGGAGCCGGGCCCGGGAGAUGGAGUGGGCGGCCCGCCGGGCAAGAGCUCUGAGCCCAGCACUGCACUGGGAGAGCUGGAGCAUUACGACCUGGACAUGGAUGAGAUUCUGGAUGUGCCUUACAUUAAAUCCAGUCAACAGCUUUCCUCUUUUACCAAGGUGACUUCAGAGAAACGAAUUUUGGGUUUAUGCACAACCAUCAAUGGCCUUUCUGGCAAAUCCUCCUCUACUGGAAGUGCUGAGAACUCGCCAUCCAACAUGACACCCUUUUGUGUUCUUUCUCCCGUGAAAAGCCCUCACUUGAGAAAAGCGUCUGCUGCCGUCCGUGAGCAGCACAAGCUCUCCACUGAAGAAUCUGAGAGCUCUCCUCCCCUGGGUCAAUGCGGCUCUGUGUAUGAGCCUGAAAACCAGAGUAAAGACUUCCUCAGCAAGACCUUUAGUGAUCCGCAUGGUCGCAAAGUUGAGAAGACCAUGGCAGACGGCCAGCUCAGGGCCUUCCACCUGCAGUCCUCAGCAACAGACCCCAAACUGGAAGAGCAGGUCAGUGGCAUGAACUGGUCCAGCUCCCAAGGCCCAGAAGAAAGGAGUGAGUAUCUGAAAAAAGUAAAAAGCAUCUUGAACAUCGUUAAAGAAGGACAGAUAUCUCUCCUACCACACCUAGCUGCAGACAAUCUAGACAAAAUUCAUGAUGAAAAUGGGAACAACCUGUUACACAUUGCCGCAUCAAAGGGACAUGCAGAAUGUCUGCAGCACCUCACUUCUUUGAUGGGAGAAGAUUGCCUCAAUGAGAGAAACACCGAGAAGUUGACUCCAGCAGGCCUGGCCAUCAAGCCACACCUAGCUGCAGACAAUCUAGACAAAAUUCAUGAUGAAAAUGGGAACAACCUGUUACACAUUGCCGCAUCAAAGGGACAUGCAGAAUGUCUGCAGCACCUCACUUCUUUGAUGGGAGAAGAUUGCCUCAAUGAGAGAAACACCGAGAAGUUGACUCCAGCAGGCCUGGCCAUCAAG